UUUGACUGCCAGGCGUAUGGACAUGGCGCCCACCUGGCCUCCAUCAUGGACUCUUCUGAAGCCAAUAUCAUCGCUUCCCACAUCUUCGCCUACCAGAAGAACCAGCCGGUGUGGAUCGGACUUCAUGAUCCUGAGCAGAACGGUCGCUGGAAGUGGAAUGACGGCUCCAUGUACAACUUCCGCUCCUGGUUACCGGGCCAGCCCGACAAUCAUCAACGGGACGAAUACUGCGGGGAGGAGUUCUUGCAGUGGAAUGACAGGGGCUGCAAAGUGGUCCAACCGUAUGUGUGCAAAUACAGACCAUAG